AUUUGGUAGACAGCUUUGUCCAAGUGUGUGGAGGAUUACCACUUGCUCUUCAAGUAAUGGGCGGGCAUGUUUUUGGCAGUGACAAAGCUUAUUGGAAGUUACAAUUAAAUGUUGCUAAGGAGGCAAGAGUACACAAAGACAUAAAACGUAAGCUUAAGAUAAGCUAUGAUGCUCUGGAAGAGGAUGAGAAACAGAUAUUUAUGGACGUAGCAUGCUUUUUCAUAGGGGAAGAUGUGAACAGGGCCAAAAGUAUAUGGAGGGCUUCAGGGUGGAGAGCUGAACAUGGACUUCAGACUCUCAAGGACAGAUGCCUUGUUGAAGUGGAAACUUGUUUAGAUCACUUAGGCUAUCCGGGUUGGAAAUACCAUUAUGAGCCAGAAUUUAUUUUGAGAAUGCAUGACCACCUCCGUGACUUAGGGAGAGAAAUGGCAGAUAAUGAAACGAGCCAUCCUCGUCCGCUGUGGCGUCCUGAAGAUCGUAUUGAUAUCAGCGAAUUCGAGGGAAUCCAAGACACCCAUCCUGACUCCGUAGGAAAAAGUUUCAGAUGUUUCACGCAUGACCUUAUAGGUGCUGAUGCUCUUAAUAUAACAUAUUUUCUGGGGAGUUCAAAGACAUCAACUUCUUUACAAUGCCUUCAACUUCACUCUACGCAGGAAGAGUUUUCAUCUAUUCCUGAAUGGAUUCCUCUACAGAAUUUGCACGCUUUAAGUCUUCAAGGAGUAUUACCUACGAUAUUGUGGCAAAGGGAUGCCCAGGUUUCACUCAAGUUGAAAGAGCUAUACUGCAACUUUUAUCCUCUGACAUUUCCAGACUUCAAUCAUGAUGUGCUUAUGACACAUUUAAACGAACUGGUGAGUUCGUUCAGAAUGCUCAAACAUCUGGAGAAUUUGCACCUAGAAAUAGACGAGUUUGACUCAGUCUUGAAUAUCGAAUGGAAUUUGUUGCUGAAAUCUGUAAGAGAACUCACCAAUCUGAAAACUUUAAAGCUGGCAUUGUUUGCUGCUGUAGAAGGGGAAAUUGCUUUCAGCAACAGGGGAGAGACAACUGAUGAUCGGUUUUGUAUGAGAAGCUUUGAAGCCAUAUCUCUGUGUAAGGUAGGCAACACAAGGAAGGUCUCAAUUCAUGGACAGUUCUGUCCCACCUUGAAAUCUCUUAAGCUUUGUUCUAUGACAGAUCUAAGUGAAGUGGAUUUAACAGGGGUAAUCACACUAGAAUGUCUUGUGCUGUUCGACUGUAAAAAGUUGACAAAAGUGCUGAGCAAUUAUAUGCCAGAACUCGAAAUGGUCCACAUAAAAUUAUGCCUGACUAUGACAGAGUUGCCAAAUUUUGGGCAUGUCAGUUGUCUCAAGAGGAUCUAUAUUAGCCGCUGUCGGGAUCUACAGGAUAUAUCAUCAAUUGAAAGAUUGAAGGGAUUGAAGAGGAUCUGGAUUUUUGUAUGUCCAAAGCUGAAGAGUAUAAAAGCUAUUGAACAAUUGAAGGGGUUGAGAAGAAUCUGGAUUGAGAAAUGUCCACAGCUGGAGGGUGUAAUUUGUUUUAAAGAAAUGAAGGAGUUGAAGAGAAUCUUCAUUGGGGGUUGUCCGAAGCUGCAGAAUAUAAGGGGUAUUGAAGAAUUGAAAGGACAAAAAGAGAUGCUGAUUGCAGUCUGUCCUAUAAUAAGUGUCGUUGAAAGGUUGCAGAGAUUGCCGUCGGAGCUUACAAUUCUAGCAGGGAGAUGGGCGUCAGAUUUUUAAAAAAAUUUUAAAAUUGGGGACACAUGGACAUCGCUCAUGUCAGAUUUAAAAAAAUUGGGGACACAUUGUUUCUGUGAAAUAGAUUUCUUUAGUAGGGGACAGGUAGACGAGAAGAUCCAUUCGUUUCAUAAAA